UUGUGGGCAUGCAACAAAAUGACUGUGGAAAAGCAGCAACAUGAAGCAUCCGAAGCAAUUUUAGAGAACGUGUGGGCGAAUUUCAUUGCUCAAAAUGAACCGGACAAGUCUGAAUUGUCCAAAGCAUGGGAAGAAUUGCCAAGUCUUGAUGGAUCAAUGGAGACUCUACAAAGGCUUCCAAGUCUUGGGAGGUGGAUAUCAAUGGGAGCCGAGGCAUGGGAUGAACUCCUAAGUGGAAUUAUUGACCCUCCACGCGAUAUGGAACAGUCCUCAUCAUCUAAUCUUGAUUUAAAAAGCAAUGGUGCCAAUUCAAAGCCAAAUGCCAUGACACCUAAGAGGGCAGUUACCAAACACUAUCGAGGAGUCAGGAGGCGACCAUGGGGAAAAUAUGCAGCAGAGAUAAGGGAUUCAUCGAAAAAAGGGGCUCGGAUUUGGCUAGGGACAUUUGAAACAGCGGAAGAAGCUGCUUUGGCAUAUGACAAGGCUGCAUUGAGAAUUAGGGGUCCUAAGGCCUAUCUCAACUUCCCAAUUGAGACAGUUGCCAAAGCUAAUGGAAUUGCUUGUUCAUCGACAACUUUUCAGGAUGGCUCGGGUUACCCAUUUCAUGAAUGUGGGAAGAUUGUAUCCAAUCUGCUGAAAAGGGGUCCGAGAAAAUGGGAAGAAAGGGAGGAGUUGGUUGUGAGUGGACAACCCAAAUUCAAGAGAAUGGCAACCAUAGAAAAGACAUUUGGGGAUGGCUUUGAUGUGUUGGAGUUUGAGGACCUUGGGAGUGAUUACUUGGAGAGCUUGAUGUCCUCUUUGUGACAAAAAUUCUUGAGAUUGAGGGUCCAAUAAAGAAAAUCAAGAUUAAAAAAAAAAACUUCUAAAAUAUGAUGUACAGGGUAUGAAUUUUUUUUUUAAUAUUUAUAUACAGGUGUGUUAUCUUAGCCAUA